AACCAACAAGUUCAGUUAAAUCUCAUUGAGGGUGAUAAAACAAAAACAAAAACAAAAAAGUGAGCCUUUUCUUUUUCUUCUUCUCUCCAUCAUAAAAAAAUCACACCAACAACAACAUCAACAGAGGUUUCAUCAAUGAGUACACAUGCUUCUUACAACAUGAGAUCCAAAUCAUACUAUGAAAAUGAUAUCAAAGGAACAAUGAAAGAUAUUGGGGGUGGGAAGAUGGUGUCUUCCGGAACAACACCAGCAACGAGCAGCAAGGAGAAUUUCUUCAUCUUCUCCCUUGUGAGCCUUUGGUAUUCAUCAAACAUUGGUGUGAUCCUUCUCAACAAGUAUCUUCUCUCAAACUAUGGAUUCAAGUUCCCAAUUUUCCUCACAAUGUGCCACAUGUCAGCGUGUGCGGUUCUCAGCUACAUUUCCAUUGUGUUCUUCAAAGUUGUGCCUCAGCAGAUGAUCAAAUCCAGGUCCCAGUUCAUGAAGAUUGCAACUUUGAGCAUUGUUUUUUGUGGGUCUGUUGUUGGAGGAAACAUCUCUCUUAGGUAUUUGGCUGUUUCUUUCAAUCAAGCUGUUGGGGCCACCACGCCUUUCUUCACGGCUGUUUUUGCGUACCUUGCAACGCUCAAGAGAGAGGCUUGGGUUACAUAUGCUGCUCUUGUUCCUGUUGUUGCUGGGGUUGUCAUUGCAAGUGGGGGCGAGCCAGGCUUUCACUUAUUUGGAUUCAUCAUGUGCCUAAGUGCUACUGCUGCGAGAGCUUUCAAGUCUGUUCUUCAGGGCAUUUUACUUUCUUCUGAAGGGGAAAAGCUGAACUCGAUGAACUUGCUCUUGUAUAUGUCGCCGAUUGCUGUCAUAAUUUUGUUGCCAGCGGCGCUUAUCAUGGAGCCUAAUGUUGUAGAUGUCACAAUAUCACUUGGAAGCGAAAACAAAACUAUGUGGCUACUUCUUUUGCUGAAUUCAGUCACAGCAUAUUCCGCUAACUUAACAAACUUCUUGGUCACUAAACAUACAAGUGCUCUUACACUCCAGGUGUUAGGCAAUGCAAAAGGUGCUGUAGCUGUUGUUAUCUCAAUACUGCUAUUCAGAAACCCGGUGACUGUUGUUGGCAUGGCUGGCUACACAGUAACAGUCAUGGGAGUAGCUGCAUAUGGAGAAACAAAGAGGAGGUUUAGAUGAACAAUCUCACACAUUCACACAUUCUCUUAAUUCCUGUAUUCUACUGUAGUCUAAUAUUUUAUUCUAUAUUCUGAAACAUGAUUCUUUUGUAGCGUGACUAGUAGUAGGUGCCAGGAGAGUGAUUUUUAUGUUAUUUCGUUGUAUCUAUUCUAGCACAUGAACUGAUGAACAUGGACAUGGACAUGUAUUUGUUCCUAGUACAUUUUGUCCUAUGUAAACGUGCCAAUAUUUUUUGGCUUGAAGUAACUUGAAGCAUAAGAAAUUAUGUUUAGAAA